CACCCUUACACUUAUUCUGGACCGUGACUACACAACCUUGCUGUUCUCGUGAUCAACAGCUGAACAGCAGAACAACUUUAGUUUGACAAUUUCAGACAAUUUGCUGGUCGUUAAAUUGAGAAAUAUAUUGGAAUUCAUUUGUAUGGUGUUAACUUUGGAAGCAGAGGACAAAAGAUUCUUUAGAAAUUAAUAAAAUUAUGGAGAAUAAGGCAAUUAAUGUUUUAAAAUUAGAAAAAGAAAUCUUCACGAAUUCAUUAAUUUUCGACCCAAAUGUUAAAGAAACUUUUUUAUUCUUAAUAUCAAUUCCUAAGAACAGUGUAAUUGACAACAAACAAUAUACUACAACUGCAAUUUUACAGGAAGAUCCAAAGUUAUCUUGUGAUAUAAAAUUCUUUAAAGUAUCUAAUACUACUUUUGAAGGUGAAAUAACAUGUUCGGGACAAACAUUAAAUCAAGAAUUUGCAGUAACUUUUUACCGCUUAAACUCUGAGUGUAGUAUUGGUAUCACAAAAACAAUUGAUUUGCCGCCUGUUUCUCACGAGUGUACACACUUUUUCACAAAUUCACUUCAACCUUCUAAAAAAAUGAAAGUAAGCGAUACUCAGACUCAUUUUUUGUAUAUUAGGAAGUCGAGUAUUGCAGUAUGCGACGAUUCUAAUGAUAAUGUGUACGUAUAUUGCAAAAUAGUAGUUAAAGAUGUUUUACCUGUAAAACUGGAUGUUUUAAAAAGGACAAUACCUUCAAAAUUUGUCUCAUUGUAUAAAGAUAAUAUGUACUCUGAUUUUAAGAUUAUUUCCAAGAAUGAAGAAUUUUCAGUUCAUAAAGCAAUUCUCGCUCAAUCAUCUUCUGUUUUUCGAGCGAUGUUUGAAAACCAAAUGAAGGAGAGUCUGGAAAGUAAAGUUGAAAUCAAUAAUUUUGAACCGACUGUUGUUAAACAAAUGAUUCAUUUUAUGUACUCCGAUGAAAUUGAGAACGAUUCAUCUCAAGAAAGUUUAAAACAACUUUAUAUGGCUGCACAUAUGUAUCAAUUAGAAGAUUUAAAGAAACUUUGUUUAAACGAGAUAUGCAAAUCUGUAAAAGAUAUCAGUGAAGUUGUGGAUGUAAUUUUUUUCCUGGGAUCCGAAUUUAGAGAAGAGAUAGUGGAGUUUUUGAAAAGUAUUCGCUACACUUUAUUGUUAAAAGAUUAAUUUCUGUGAUGUAUGUAAAUUCGCUGUUAUAAACAUUUUUUUCUAUCUCAUAGCCAACGUGUUAGUUGGUGUUAAUUGUUCCUAUUUGAAAUAACUAAGUUGUAGUUGUGGUAGCUAAAGCUGCCUUAUUUUGUUCUUACAAGUUACUCUAAGUUUUGUUCAUUAAAUUAAAAAUUGUUAAUUUAAAAUCCAAUAUAAAAACAUAGUUUUAAUUAAACAAAUUAAAAUUCUA